AUGGACUCCCAUUCUGGGGAGCCAGCGCUCCUGCCCUGUGGGACCUGUGACAUGGUUUUCCGCUCCUCAGCUCUGUUAGCCACCCACACACAGCGCUUCUGCAUUGGCCACCCGACCCAAGAGAAGACAUUUGGAGCACAGGCCUCAGUUGCCACUGAACCCCAAGGGGCCGCGGUUGUGCCACAAGAUCUCCAGGGCCUCCCAGACCAGCAGGCCAGUAAAUCUGCUCUAAAGAGGUUAACAGAGGAGGUGCAGUGGCUGCGGCUAUCCCUACAGGAAAUGCAGCCCUGGAUAACAGAGGUCCCCAGGGUGCUCGCGGAGUCCUGGACACGUUCCGAGGCGCGCCCUCAGAGUCCCAUGUCCGAGGCGGUGGGAGGCCCCAGCGAGCGGCUGCGAGCGCUGCUCAGGACUCGCGCGAGGCGCGUGGCGGAGACGGAAGCGCAGAGCUGGGCCCUGCAGCAACGCGGCCAGGAACUGAGCCGGCGCCUCCAAGGUGCGGCCUCUACGCGGGGCGGGAUAUCCCGCCUCUUCGGCCUGGAGCAGGAGAUUCGAGAACUACGAACUGAGGCCGGUAGGACGCGGGGAGCUCUAGAGGUGUUGGGAGCCCGCAUUCAGGAGCUGCAGGCGGAGCCAGGGAACCCGCUGAGCUCCGGUCGAGAAGCAAAACUCUAUUCUCCAGUGCUAAAGGCCAACCCGGGAACUCUGGCUGCCGAAAUCGGGGCCCUGCGGGAGGCCUACAUUCGAGACGGAGGCCGGGACCCCGGUGUGCUGGGCCAGAUAUGGCAGUUGCAGGUGGAGGCGUCUGCACUGGAGCUGCAGCGGUCGCAGACCCGCAGAGGAAGGGCAGGUGCCACCUCAGGGGAGCUUCCAGUAGUGGAGGCUGAAAACCGGCGCCUGGAGGCAGAAAUCUUGGCCUUGCAAAUGCAGCGGAGUCAGGCAGCCUUGGGGCCCCGGGAUCUGCGACUCCUGUGGGGUGCCAGCCUACAACCGAAGGGGAGGAGAGAUCCCCCACUCCUUUCACCGCCAGUGGCACCACCACUGCCACCACUUCCAGGCUUCACGGAGCCACAGCUUCCUGGAACAAUGACCAGAAACCUGGGCCUGGACCCACACUUCCUCCUACCCACAUCGGACGUGCUGGGCCCUGCACCCUACGAUCCUGGGGCUGGCCUGGUCAUUUUCUAUGAUUUCCUGCGGGGCCUUGAGGCUUCCUGGAUUUGGGUGCAACUAAGGACUGGCUUGGCACGCGAUGGACAGGAUACAGGAGGGACCACAGCAUUGCCCCCAGCCAUUUGCCUGCCCCCACCUCCUGCUCCCGGGCCCAUGGGCAACUGUGCUAUCCUUGCCAGCAGGCAGCCUGUGCCCAGACUGCCACCCUCACCAUCAGUAUCUUUGGUCUGUGAGCUGCAGGUCUGGCAGGGCCUGGCAUGGGCUAGGGCACCACAGCCAAAGGCUUGGGUCUCACUUGGGCUAUUUGACCAAGAUCAGCGGGUGCUAAGCGGCCGCUGGCGCCUCCCACUUCGGGCCCUUCCUCUGGACCCCAGCCUUAGCCUCAGGCAGCUGAAUGGGAUUCCUCAGGCAGGUCAGGCUGAGCUCUUUCUGCGGCUGGUGAAUGCAAGAGAUGCAGCUGUCCAGACACUGGCAGAGAUCAAUCCAGCAAGUGCCCAUGAGUACCAGUACCCACCUCCGGUUUUGUCAAGCACAUCUUCACCGGAAGCCAACUUCCUCACCCUCACAUCUGGCUUUGCUGAUCCCCCACCUCGUACAGAAGAGCCCCUCAGUGGAGUCAAGGAUAGAGAUGAGGGUUUGGGCCCUCACCACAGUUCUGACUUGCCCCCAGUGAGUUUCUGAACCCAAGUGAAUGUGGGGAUGAGCAUCAGAACAUGCACAGGACUGGGGCCUAUUUCCAGACCUACAGCUUUUACUACUCCAUGUUCUGACAUUGGGCCUAGAAGCAACUAGCAGUUGAGUACAGAAUACGAGCUCCAGUUUUACCACCUCCCAUAAGUCCUUAACUUUUCUGUACCUCUUCUGUUUUUAUAAAACAGGCUAAGGAUUAAAUGAGUUUGUCAGGUA